AUGACAGACACGAGCUCCCCGUUGCAAGAAGUGGCUACCAACCCUCAAAACCGCAGCGUCCAAUGCGUCGAAUGUGGUCACGAGUUCAAGUUUGCAACUGAAUUGGUUGCGCACAGUCGAGAAGUCCGACACCUCUCCUUUGGCUGUGCGUACGAAGGAUGCAGUAAGCGCUACUCCAAGCGCGAGCAUCUGACGCGUCACGUGGAGACGGUGCACGUCCGUGGCAAGACGCAAGCUCUGGAAGAGCGUAAACCGUUCAAGUGCGAGCUGUGCCAGGCUCGAUUCACGUACAACCACGGCCUUACGCGGCACGUGAAGCGGUCGCAUUGGAACGUGAACCUGCCGUUCGAGUGCGCUGCGUGUCGAAAGGGGUUCAAGAAGAAGAGCGAGCUUCAAGCCCAUUCGUAUGUGCACACGGGGGUGCUGCCUUUCGAGUGUGGACACUGUGGCGAACGGUUUCUGAAGCGGUUCUGGCUGACACGGCACCAGAGGAAGCACGACGUGAAUCGAAGUGCAGACACGCAAGUGUUCGUGUGUGAGUGUGGAGAACUAUGUUUUGACCAGCAAGAGCUGGAGAAGCAUAAGGAAGCAGAGCACCGACAGGAGAAAGACGUUGACGAGCAUGGUGAAGUUGUGAAGAAGGAAGCUCCUGGCCAUGUGUGUCUCGUGUGCGACCAGACCUUCAGUCGGAAACAGUCUUUGCGUGCCCACCUGCGCACGCACUUUGAGUCGCUGGACGACCGUAAACUGUACACAUGUCCAAUCGACGGUUGUGACAAGGCAUAUACGCGCUCGUCGAAUCUGAUGGCACACUACAAUGCAGCUCAUGAUCCGCGCAAGUCGAAGCGCUUUGCGUGUCCACGCGAGGGCUGCACGGCUCGAUUUGGCUACAAGACGGUAUUGAAGCACCAUAUUGAGAGCAUUCAUGACAAUCCAAAGCCACCGAAACGACGCGAGUGCGAGUCGAUGGGUAUUCUUGAACGAGCUCUUGGAGUCAACCAAGUGGGUGAGCUAGCUACUGCUGGAAGAGCUGGAGAGGAGGCGGCUGCAACGGAUGCGUAG